AGGAAAAGAGACUCCACGUCACUGAGGUGUAAUAUUGGCGUCAGUGCAACGCAAGGUGCUACCUCAGUACGAUUUCAGUACCAUUGAAUACUUCCAGAUAUCCUCAUGUAGGCUAUGAUAACUCGUAUGACCACAAAGCGAAGAUAUAUCCAGCUGUUCGGCGUCGGUAGAGACACUGCUGGGAAUCUACUGAAGAGUGCCCCACUGCCACAGCUUCUAGAUGGGUGAAUCAGGCUCACGCCGGUCCACACUUGUGUCCCGCCUGCCGAUCUUCCGCCGCAGCAGCAGCAAGAAGCAGGAGUCUCUCCCCUCCUCUCCAUCUUCAGGUGGACAGGGCAAUGGCGUCCACACCUCUUCGCCCUCCAGCACCAACUCCAGUUCUGGCAGUACGGGGAAACGGCGUAGCCUUUUCCGAACUCCAUCUCUCAGUUUCUCAGCUAAACGGAAUAGUGAUCCACGUGUCAAGCCUAUUAACCUAAACCUCACCCCCCCUCUGACACAGACCACUGACACAAAUGGAAAUAACCAGCAGACGAUAACAACGUCUUUGUCGACGGGAUUCAGUGAAGGUGGUGGACGUCCCAAGUCACGGCACUCAUUUGGGUUUGGCAGCCACAAGCAAAAGAAAAUCACACGCUCUCAGACCGAGGAUUUUGAAAAAGCUCCCUCUUCCUCCUCCACAGCCAAUCGAAAUGUAUUUAUAAACUGUAUCAGUGGCUCAGGCGCCAAUGAGGGCGACGACUCCGGGUUCCUCGAUGAUUACAGUGGUGGUACUGGUAGUAAUAACAAACGGUCGUCACGGAAGAAGCAGCUGCUGCCCAAAUCUUUCUCAGCUCACCACCGCUUCUCCCGGACCUCCGAUCACCACAGACCUCCAGAAGUGAAUCUGGAACCUCCAAGCUCCACCACCAUCACUCCAGGGGCAGGAGAGCUCACCCCGGGGUCAUGGCCAGGCGAGCUGCUUGGUGCCGGUGGUGAGAGCUCACUCCAGUCCCCUAUGAUAUCAGAGGACCGAACCACAGCCAUCACCCCUUCAGAGUUCAUCCCGAUCACGGAGGAUUCUGUAUCCGAGGCGGAUGCUCUGCCAGCUCCCAGCCCCGGAUCUGGUUUAGCCCCAGGAUCUGCCUCUGUGCCUGGGCCAGCUAUUGACACAGCUCCACCUGAACCCCCACCUGAUCCAGAGAACUUCAGCUUGGUUGUCUCUACCUCCCAGGUUUUCUUCACUCCAGCGCAGUCCAGCACUGAAAAACCUUUACUCCCAGACACCAGCACAGCAAACAACACAGACUAUGAGACUGCCAUUUCCCUCUCAGAGCCUGAGACAGCUGUACCCUGCCUACCUCUGCGGGAACAAUCACUGGAAGAGAGGAAGGAGAGGGAGGAGGAGAGAAAGGAAGUGAGGGAUGAGGUGUCAGCAGAGGCGAGGAAGGAGUUGGUGGAGGAGAGGAAGGCAGGUUACCACACAGAGACCACAAGUGAGAGCGAGGCAUGUGUGGUUGGCAGCGAGGGUUGUCACUCUAACCCAGAGCAAUCGGAAAGGAGGGCAAGAAACAAGCGCUCUUUUCAAGAAAGAGGAAGCUUCUGUGGCUGCCAUGAGCCAAGGUCCUCUCACUUGAGGAAACCACAUGCAGCCUCUCUGUGUAGCAGUGUCAGCCCCUAUCAUGAGGUGAUGCGGAUGGAAAGGCGGCUUCGCUCCUCAUCUGAGGGGGCUGGUGGGCCUCGUAUCCAUGGAAAUCACAAAGAUGCCCCGGGCAUGGAGGGAUGUGGCCUGCUCAAACAGAGAAACAACUCCUCGUCAUCCAAACUGGGAAGUCUGGAUUUUUUGAACAACCUGGGUUCAUCAGAGCUGGAUGAAGAUGAUCUUAUGUUGGACCUGGACCUUUCUGAUGAUCAGCGACAUCGACAUGUGUCCAGAGAAGACUCCAGUCAGUCCCUGGCCUCCUGUCUUAACCUGCUCCCCUCCCCCAUGGACCCAUCAGGAGAUCGCAUUCCAGGGAAAGAAAACAAUCUGAGAGAGCCCAGCCGUCCGACCAGCCUGCUGCCUGCUGACUGGAGCUUGGGGCUGGGUUUGGGAAGGGAAGAUGAGCCAUUACCUCCAGGGCUGGAGACUCUUCCUCUCCGACUGAUGCAGCAGGACUGCACUGCUGUCAAAACCCUGCUUUUAAGACUGAGAAGGACACUGCAGGAGAGCACAGAGACGAGUCCUGUCAACAGCCUCCAGUCUCUACCCUUAAGCCCCUGCAGUGAAAAGUCCCUUCCAUUUAAGGAUCCCGGCAGAGAGGAGGCCCUGCUGCAACAACUGAGAGAGAAAGACGAGCUGAUUGUCAGACUUUACAGUGAACUGGAGAGUGCCAAAGCUGCCCUGAAGAAGAAAGACUGCCAAAUGACUGACCACGCAACACAGACAGAACACAUGGGGCCAGAGACCAGCCAUCCAAGCCGGUGGUCAGGACUAGGCAGCAGCCUGGCUUCAAGGGACCGAAGGGUAGUGCGGGGUGUGGGGGCAGCACUCGGAGGGGACCUCUGUAAUCAGCACCUCCCCCACUACUAUCCACCUCUGUACGGCCGCCCUCUUGCUUCUGAACGAUACACUGCCAGGGAGGAGCGCUACUGCCAGGGGGUCUUGGCACAGUCCACAGCCCGUAACCCUGCUCCAAACCUGGCUCCAGGCUCCUCCAACUUGUCCUGUGCCACUUCUGCAGUGGGCCUUGGUCCAAAUCAAUGCCCAGGCUCCGGUUCAGCAGCUGCUAAUCUUACCGCAAUUCCAUCUCUGUCCUCCAGGCAGCCAGAGGGGGUGUCCUCAUCGUCUGAGUCCUUAACUCUAGGAGGAGGAGGUGGCGUGAGUGUGCUAGGUGGGGCAAGGAGAGGAGGAGGAGAGUACCACCCCCCUUGCCAUAUCCCUCGUGCGGUCGGAGCCAGCGCCUCCUCAAGCCUCCACAGUCUUGCAAGCAGAGGGAGCCCCUCCCCAAGCAUCUCAUCUUCCAUCCAAGCCUCCCCUCCACCACCUACUCCAUCCCCAGCCUCCUCUUCCUCCUCCUCCUCCUCCUCCUCCUCCACGUUUACAGGUCGUUUAGGACAACCACCCCGAGGCCCUCUGUCUCUGCAUAGCUACAGUCGUAAAAAUGUCUUCCUGCAACAUUCCCUACAGACUGCCGAACUGCAAGCUCUGACGCAGAGAGACAGUUGAGGGCACACAAACAUUUACACCAUCCAUAUUGACUUUAGCGACAAAAUGUGCGACUUUAAAGAAAAACUGCUGCUCUUUUGGUAGCUGUUGCUUGUGUUUCACAGUCCCAAUUCCCCCUGAGUCAUCAACCACACGCGCUUACAAUCACGCUCGUCUGUCUUCAGACCAACCCUUUGCUGACAUUUUGUUCUCAGUUCUGCUCGCCUAAACACACUCAUAUGCAAGGUCACACUGUGAGUAUGAAAAAGGCACUCACCUAUCAGAACUCCCACAUUGUGUCAUGCUAACAGUUUAGAUGCGCUUACGCCCACAGACACAAAGUGCACGGAGACUCACAACGAUCCAGUCACACACACUUAGAUACACACACAGACACAUCACCUGUGAUAUCUCUGCCUCACAAUCUGCAUAAUAAUAGGGUGGUGAAACUGAACGCAGAGAUGAGGUUUGUUUCUGUGUUAGUAAAGAUUAGUUUUUUAUUUGAUCAUUUUUAAAAGUGAAACCAUGUGCUGCUUAAUGAACUAUGGGACUGACCAUCAUUUGGUAAGGAUAUAUUCUCACAUUGCCAAAUCCUUUAUCAGAUCAACUCCUCAUUCCUUGAUGUGCAGUGACAGAAGUCUAGAAGAAAAUACAUGUUUAGAUGAACGUACGCACGUAUCCAUGACCCUUUUACUGCAUGCUUUUUAAAAAUUUAAGGAAAAUACAGGUGAGCAUUUUUGUACUGCAACAAAAGCGGGAUCGGGGUGACUUUUAAAGUCUUUUAAUAACGUUUCAGUAUCAACUCUCACUUCAGUGUUUCAAGAAGGGAAUCAAACAAAACCUCUAAGACAUGAGCCUGUGGAGUGUUUUGAGAAGUAUAUGUUUAUCCUUUUGCUCACAUAAAUAAGACAUUAAGAACUUUUGUCUAAAUACUGGACCACUGUUUUUGUAGAAAUACAAUGUUGCAAUAUUACCCACAUUAUAUACAGGAGUCAAUGUGUAUAUGCAAUGUUAGAUUAGUACAGUACAGACAUGAAGCAUUUCAUUGUAACAUUAGAUAUCUGCCAUUUGAAUAGUUUGGUACUUAAAAUGACACAAUUACACUUAAGUAACAAGCGCUACUGAACCAUUAGCUAACAAAAGACAUCAGAUAAUGAGAUCGAGCUGAGCAACAUUUUUAGAUUUGGCACAGCUUUAUGUUGUUUUCUCCAAAAUGUAGGUUUUUAGAAUAAAACCCUUCAAACCUUUGGGGCUGGGUAUUGACCAGGGGUACCGACUGGUGCUUUGCUAAAUGACAGAAUUGAUAUCCAUUUUUAGGAUUAAAAAGGAACAAUCUUUGAAGUAAUGUCAUUACAUUUAGCUGACACGUUUUCACUAACAGUUUUAUUGAGUCAUCAAUUGAGUGGAGUCUGAUUCUGUCUGGGACGCAAGUAAUGGAACAAAUAUUGCACAGAAAGUUCUUUACUUAAUAACGGUCAAAUACCGGAAAGGAAGAAAACAUGAUUUCCCAAAUGAUCCCAUUUGAAAAACCAUCAGCACGGAGUUUCUGACUGAUACCCAGUCCUUAUAUGCUAGCCGUCUUUUCUCUUCGUGAUCUCAGAUGUGUUGGUUAUCUUUUUUUAAACUGACCUAACGAGAUGGCACAUGAUUUAAUAAGGCUAGCAAUUAUGUUGUUUUUGGACAGUAUGACUCAUACCUUUUGAGAUUGACACAUCUUAUAGCUGCCAUGAUCUGCUGAGUCAUACAACAUUAUUUACAAUUUGGUGACAAAACGUGUCAAUUUGAUAAAUGAGAAAAUCCACUUUUUUUUUUAUUGUGGACGACUGGACUGCGUAACAACCUCUUCAAUCUGCCACUGUUGAAUACUUUUGCUCUGUUGAACUGAAUAGACUGUUGAACAGCCCUUCCCCCCCCCCCCCCACAUAGGUUUUGGGGUAAACAAAUCUUAUAAUGUCCACUGGGAGUUGGGAGCCUGCUCUGCUACUAAAUACAGGCCAGGAGUUCACCGCUCCCGGCAUCUACAGAAAAUGUUAGAUUUUGUAGAAGUUGUUGACCUUGUAUGUCUCUAAACGGCACCUGGCUCUAGGGAGGUUGUAUAAAUUGUGUGUGUGUGUGUGUGUGUGUGUGUGUGUGUGUGUGUGUGUGUGUGUGUGUGUGUGUGUGUGUGUGUGUGUGUGUGUGUGUGUGUGUGUGUGUGUGUGUGUGUGUGUGUGUGUGUGUGUGUGUGUGUGUUGUAAUGCACACCUCAUGAGGCAAAGACCUGAUAGAGGUGAAGAAAAGCCUAAAGGCAGACAGUUCUGCUCCCGCUGGUGGAAAGUACGAUUCUCCCUCUGGUCUGCACACUAUUUCCUCCCUUUCUUCUUCUGUCUCUUCUAUUUAUGUCCUCAUUUCUUUCUCCACUCCUUAUUCUCCUUCAAUAUCCCCCUAAACAUUUCUCUCCUUCUAUCCCCCAGCAUCCCACUCUACUGCAUGCAAUCUUUGUUGCUCUUUUUGUUCCUGUCCUCUUGUCAAUUAGUUAUCUUCCUUCCCCACUAUCAUGUCCCAUGUCUUUCCUUCGCUGCAUCUCUCGCCCUUGCUUAGCGUACUUACCCAGAGCUUGUUUUGUCAUACAGUGUAUCUAUAACAGACUCUGUUGCAGUGGCUCACAGUCCUGGGCAUUGGGACCUGAUUUUCAUUCCAGCUGUCUAAUCAGGGAGUCAUUUUACACCGGGUGAAUGCAAUUAACUACCUGGUAGUGAAGGCGGCCAGCAGUAAUGUGGCUCCAGAGGACUUGGACAGAGAACCUCGGCUGUAAUGGGAACUAAACAUUCCCUGCUUUGUUUGUUUACAUGUGGAGGGUGACAAUGUCGUGUCGCUGGCUGACCACUAAAGAAAUACUAUUUACAUCCCUCGUCAAUGCAUGAAUCAUAAUGCUAUUGACACUGUGAAAUGUCAUAAGGGAGUGUUUGGCUCGGUUUGCACUGCCCACUCAGAUCUUAAUGAAUUCAUUUUUUCACUGUGUUUCAAACAGCUGUGGUCAUUUCAGCUGUGUUCAAAUUGCGAAAAUCCCAAAGGUGUGUUGGCGGUUAUGAGACAUAUCUUGAAAGGAAAGAAGCCACAUCUGAGAUUGCAGUUCAAAGGCACCACUGUGGUCCUGUAAAGACGAGCCUGUGUAAUUGUAAGAAUGACCUGAUAUUGAACUUCACUGCUGGGAAACAAGGGUCUCCAAUCAUGAAGUGGGCACACCUCACAAACCUCAAUUCUUCAUCCUACUUAGGAGCCUGUCGUGCAUUAAAGACGCUACAUUUCACUUGUUGGGAAGUUAUUUACUGUUUUCUGCCUUACAUAUAUUUAUUGCCAUAGAAUCAGUUUCCUAAAAGUAUCUUGGCACUAAGAAAUUAAGAAAGUGGUCAUGAAAUGACAAUUAAAAUAAUCAUGUUAUCAUUAUAAUUUUAAUGAAUCACAGAUAUUAUACUGUCCUAGCCUUUUAAUGUGCUCACUGUAAUUACUUUUGAUUUCUUUACGAAUUGCUGUAAUAAUGAAAUUGAGCUGUAUAAUUGUACAUAAGUUAUUAUAACUGUUGAUGUUCACUGUUCAUGAACUCAAACGUUUCGUGCUCAUGUAAAUGACACUUAACAAUAGGGUUCACAUACAUUGUUUGUUGGCACAUAACAGAAAAAAAAUGAAAAAAUAAUGUGUUUUUGUUGACAAAUGUCAAAUGCAGUCAGAGGUCUGAGCUAUUACCAAAGUGUUUCAGGCUAUAGUUACACAUCAGAGAACAGAUAUAACAAACUUAGGCCCCUACGCUAAGUUUUUCAUGUAAAGGCCAGUUGACUCGCUCGCAGGUGUUGGGUCGCUGGUUCAACUUUUCCCCUCUUUGAACUCCAGCCUUUGCACUAUGCCUAUUUCUGCUUCGGAUUACUUUGAAAGACAUGACUUUGCAAACUUUUGCCUAACUCUGUCAGAAAAGUGGAUGAUGAUCUAUUAAAGCUGCUUUUUCAGUUCAGGAUGAAGUCUGUGUCUAAGUAUAUAAAACUGUUGGGUAGACUUAUACUGUGAGCCUCUGACCAGCUAGUCCAUAAAUUCAUUUGGGGGUAAUCCACCCAUACGUGAAGGACAACGUAAAAUCUAUCUUUAUAUAGUAGUCAUUUUUCACUUUACAUGGUCCUUAUGAACAGUUUGUCAAGAACUGUGUGAUGGGCUUAUCGAAGGUCAAAAAGCCUUGCAGUGUGUGUUUACCCAAAGUAUUUAUCUUCACUUUAUGUCCAACAUAGUUUUUCUUUGUCACUAUCACAGUCGUCACACUCACUGUUCACAUGAGAAAUGUUUUAUCAAAAUAUUUUUGUCCUUGUCUCCUUAUUGUUAAUAUUUAAUACAAAUAAAAUUGAUGAAAACA